AAAAUUAAUGUUGACAAAAUCUUAGGUUAGAUAUUUCACGAGAUGGAUCAACUUGGAGAUGAUGAUCAAGUUUCCAUGACAGUAGAGAACCGUGAAAUAUUGUUCUCUUCUGAUUCCGAAGUUGAGUCUCCUAAUCCGAUGUUGAAUUGUCACUUCAGGUCGUUGAAGAGAAAUGGAAUAAUCAAACUAGAAGAACGUGACCAAGAGCAUGAUUUGAUCAAGGCAGGUUUUCUUAGUGGAAUGGGACAAUUGGGAAAUGAAAUUGAAGUUGUGGCUAUACACAAAAAUUCACGUUCAACUAUAUUGGGGCAAGCGAGGUCAGAAAGUUUUAGUAUUUAUUCCGAAGCAAUGUGGAAAAAAUGUGGUGGAGAUGCUAAUAUUAAAUAUGCUUGGAUUGGUUCUUCCAAAGAUGAAAUUUGUAAAAUUAUUUCACAUGGAUUUUCUACAAUUAUGGAACCAAAAUCUGGAGAUUGUUUUGGCAAUGGUGUUCAUCUUUAUCCUAGAAACAUCGAUGGGGUAUUUUCGGCAGUGGAAGAUGAGAAUGGAUUAAGACAUAUGUUACUUUGCAGAGUAAUAUUAGGAAAUACAGAAGUAAUUGAGGCUUCAUCCAAACAAUUUCAGCCAACUUGUCAAGAUUUUGACUCUGGGGUUGACAAUUAUUUUGCUCCUAAAACAUACAUUAUUUGGCCUUCUAAUAUGAAUUCUCAUAUUUUACCAAUUUUUCUAGUGAGUUUCAAGGGUCCAUUAUUAUUAGGUAACUCUUCAAAAAUCAAGAAGAUUCCAUUGAAUCCCACACCACGUAUAAAAUUUUCAAAUUUAUUGCGUGUGCUUUCCAAUUUUUUACAUCCUUCAAGAAUGGUUUUGAUCUCAAAGAACUAUGAAGAUUUUCAGAAAAACAAGAUCUCAAAAAUGGUAUUUGUUCAGAAGUUGAGGCAAAUAGCUGGAGAUACUUCACUACUUAAGAGUUGUCAUGAUAUUGUAUCCAAACACUAAGGUAGAGCAAGGGGUCUGACUAUGUUUUUUCCUUAUUUU